CGUAUAAAUGAUCAAUCAUUUCUUUUGCUCUCUUUUGUAAAAAUCAGGAAACUACAACAUUCAUCAGUAAAAUGUAAAGAGAUGCGGCUGAUCGACAUGAAACCUGAACCUCUUCAAGAUUCAUCCCCGCAAUAUUCAGACAAUCUCAAGUCCUCAGAUGCCCAUGAAAGUGACAGCGACAGAAACGAAGACAAUGCCGGAGAGGAGGAGCGCAGAACGACAAGAGACACGAAACCCGGAUCAAAGGUUUCCAUGGCAGACAGAACAGUACAGACUCCAGCUGGGACACAGAGAGAAACGGAUCCAAGACAAAGUCACGUCGUCAGUAUCAUAAGUGAUGGAGCGGGUUGCUCCAACCCACAAGACUCAGAGCAGGAACAAAUGUGCAAAUUACGCAGCGGUUUCGCACACAGCCGUGUUUAUCCACCGGAAUUGAACACGCAUCUGUGGGAUCCGAGUGUCCCCGGCGGUCUUCUCCACUCCGCUCAGGUGAACACCUGGAACAGCUGUGCCACCGUGGACAGAGCGGCGUCGUGUGGACUGAGCCUGGCAGCACCUGUCAGGACUCCAGGAACCCCAGGGUUUCCCAUCAGCCUUCAGCAGCAGGCGCUGGUACAGGACCUGAUGACCUUUUCACACUUUGGAGGCUUCCUGUUUUAUCCCUACGCCAGCCUCUCAGUGCGCUCCAAAGUGGAUUUCAGAGCCUAUCCGAGCGUCCACAGCCGGGACUACUUCACCUCCCCAAUAAUAUCCUCAUGUGUUCCUCCUGGUGGUGGGUUGAAAUAUCUUGUCCCUGAUUUGCUAACGCUGCCCAAAACAGAGCAGAUGAACUCGGUGGAAGAAGCUGAAAUGGACUGCAGUCAGGACGAGACACAAACAGGGACAGAAUUCUGACUUGCAACACUCGCACCUGCAGAAUUGAAAGGCCGUUUCAAAAGGAAAAUUUUGGGUUAUCGUGCAUAUUGGUCUCAUAUAAGUCUGAUAAAUCUGCAUUAUAUUGAAUACAUGACUUCAGAUUGAAUAACUGUGGUGUAAAGGGCAUUUUAUUUCAACCAGAUGUAACUUUGUUUAUGAAUAUCAUAUUAAAGGACCAGUGUGUAGGAUUCUGGUAGCUCUAUUGGCAGAAUCUAAGAACUGCCCUUCAUAUCUACAUAGGUAGCAGGUCGUCUUCCACAGAGCCCAGCAUGUUACACCGCCAUGUUUCUAUACAGUAGAUAAACCAAAUACUGGCCCUAGAGAGCGGCGCUUCGAUGUUUACAUGACCUGUAGGCCACUGUUGGUUCUCCUCCCACCUGCAUGUAAAGAUGGAUGUAGCCUCCGUGACUUCACCCAUAGGUUGUGGAGCCGUGGCUGUGCCAAGCAUACGCUCACACACCUGUCACUCAAAGCAGCACGCCCUCAUUUAUGCAGAUCUUUAAGCCUUAAUAAAAUUUGAAUCGGUGAGUUGUAUAAAAAUUCUCCCACCGUACAGUCGUCAUGAAGGAGGGAAGAAGCCGUUUCUUUCUGCUGGACAUUUUAGCAUGGGAGUCUAUGUGGAUUGACUCACUCAUGGAGCCAGACUCAAGGGGCCGUUCGAAGAACUGUUUUUGGCACUUAUGUCUUGGCUUCAUUUUUCAGUCUUGGAAGUUGCCGCUUGGUUCUCGUACUCACUUGGAAAGGGGACGGUGAGGGGAGCGGUAUUCAGUUGGUUGCAAUCUGCAACCUUACCACUAAACACCACUAAAUCCUACACACUGGUGAUUCAAAUUGUGAUUUUAUUGAGAUUAGGUGCAGCUUGGUGGAUGACAUGGAUGCUGAAAUAUUGUAAGAAAACUUUUUACACUUGAGCCCAAAAGCAUUUAACUGACAAAUUUUGGAUCUAAAUUUGGUGGAUAAAAUAUGAAUAAACCUGAGUAAAUUAAAAAAAUCAUUGCAAUACAUCUGAUCUGUAUAAGCUGUAUGAAGAUUUCCAGUGAAACUUUACAAUAAAUUAGUCAAAUUAUGUACUGUUUACACACACACACACACACACACACACACA